ACCCACAGAUGGCUAAAAGCAGCUGGCCUCAAGCCAGAAACCGAGGGCUUUAUCAUCGCAGCUCAAGAUCAAAGCCUCUUAACACGCUGGUACCAACAGAACAUCCUCAAGAAGCCUGACGUGGACCCAAAAUGUAGACUGUGUGGCCGUUUCGACGAGACCAUCGACCACCUGGUCUCUGGCUGCCCUGAACUGGCUAAAACUGAAUACAUCCACCGCCACAACAAGGCAGCUGCACACAUGCACUGGAAGAUCUACAGAGAGUUUGGCAUUGAGGUGAAGGAACGAUGGUAUGAGCAUGAACCCGAGACUGACACCGAGAGUGCCAGCUUCACUAUUCUGUGGGACAUGCCAAUCCACACCGACAGGACCACAGCAGCAAAUACGCCGGACAUUGUGCUAAAGAACAAGAAGGAUAAAACUUCCCUUCUCAUUGACAUGACUAUACCCCUCGACACCAACACCUCAGUCAAAACCACGGAAAAGCUUACAAAAUACAAAGACUUGGAAAUCGAGGUUGAGCGAAUGUGGAGGCUCAAAACAACACCAUCAAGAAGGACAUGGAAAACUACUCCAACAAAAUCCCUGGCAACAUCAACAUACAUGAACUCCAGAAAAUAACUCUCCUUUCUAUAGCCCACCUUCUCAGGCGGGUCCUCUCCAUAAAGUAGAAACCGUCUUUGCCUCCCAAAGUCCAUGGUUUGGACUCUGGUGUUGAGAGAGAAAAUAAUAAUAAUAAUAAUAAUAAUAAUAAUAAUAAUAACAAUAAUAAUAAUAAUAAUAAUAAUAAUAACAUAUUGUAUAUGGAUGCGAGGUAUUAGCCAAAACAGAGUACAUCUCCAGGCGCAAUAAUGCUGCAGCAUAUCUCCAUUGGAGCAUCUGUAAAGAUCAUGAUGUAGAGAUUACAGACAAAUGGUACGAACAUGAGCCAGAGACCGUGAUGCACAAUAAAGAUAACAACAUCACCAUCAUGUGGGGCAUGCCAGUCAAUACUGAUAGAACUAUAACAGCGAACAGACCAGACAUCAUCGUUAAAGAUUCAGUGAAUUCCACCUGCAAACUGAUUGAUAUGACUGUUGCAUCAGAUAGAAACAUCGCACUGAAGGAAACUGAAAAAAAAAGCAAGUACAGAGACCUAGAACUAGAAAUACAGAGAAUGUGGCAUACGAAAACCGUAGUAAUCCCUGUGGUUGUUGGUGCGCUUGGUACAGUGAAGAAGAGUAUGGUAGAAAACAUCAAGAAAGUAUCAGAGAGAGCAACUAUGACAGAGAUUCAAAAGAUCUGCAUGCUGGGAUCUGCGCGC